AUGACAAACUAUUACCGCUCAAUUAAAACAUACCCAAUAGACUUUAAAGUCCCUUUAUCAGAUUCCAAUCGUGGUUAUAGGAUUUUUCAAUUAUCAAAUGGAAUUUUAACCUUCCUCAUAUCGGAUCCAGGUAAUGAAAUAGGUUCUGCAAGUUUAUGUGUUGCUGCCGGCUCUCACAAUGACCCUGAGUAUAUCCCAGGUCUAGCACACUUAUGUGAGCAUGCUUUAAUGAUGGGAACAAAGGAAUUUCCUAAAUCAUAUUCCUAUCAUGAGACUGUGCUAGCUUAUGGAGGGCAAACAAAUGCCUUUACUAGUGGAGAGAAAACCUGCUUUCAUUUUGAAGUGCCCGUUAUUAAUGGAAAUACAGGAAACAUAAAUCCAACAGAAUCAGAGAAUAAUAAUGAAUCUGUUUUUGAUUAUAUUUUGAGAAAUUUUGCCAGCUUCUUUAAAUGCCCUUUGUUUCGGGCUAGGGACAUAUUUAAUGAAAUCUUGUCAGUCAACGAUGAAUAUAUUUGCAACCAAGAUUCACCAGAGAAGAUUUUUUUCAAUUCUUUGAAGUACUUAUCAAACGAGGAUCAUCCAUUCAGUCGUUUCGCAACAGGCAAUAUACAAACACUACAAAGCACUCCCAAAUCUUUAAAGCUAAAUUUGUCUUCAGAAUUAUUCAAGUUUUUUCAUUCCUUUUACAUACCUGAGAAUAUGACUCUCGUUAUAAGUGGUCCACAAUCUUUAAAUCAUUUACAAAGGCUAACUCUAAUGAAUUUUUCAAAUAUUCAUAAGAAAUCAAGUAAAACUGAUAAUUAUUCUGAAACAGAAGUGUUAAAACACCAUUUAUCAGAAUUCUCAAUCCUAUCUCAAUCCUGGAAAAACAUUUAUUCAGAGCCUGUCUUUAAACAGUGUAAUUUAAACAAGUGUCUAUUCAUUAAAAGUAAAAGUCAUUCGCGUCUACGUAUAAUAUUUCCUAUGAAGCCAACUAAAUUUCGGAAAGAAUAUGAACUAUAUCAAAACGUAUGGAUAAAUAUAUUGGGAGAUGAAUCCUUAGGAUCUUUAUGUGCUUAUUUAAUUGAAUCAGAAGACCUUGCAAUUUCUCUUUGUCUGUUUCGUCAAUCAUUAACGUUUCAAGACGAUGUGUUAAUAUUGGAUCUAGUAUUAACAAAUAAGGGGAGAAAUAAUAUUCAAAAGAUAUUGUUGUCAGUAUUCCAAUAUAUCAACCAAAUAAUAGUCAAAUGUUCUUAUGAUAUCAUGGGUAAGUACUUAUCUGAUAUGGCCUCAAUUGAAACGUUGAAUUUCAUCUAUAGAGAAUCCAAUUUUUGUCCUAUGGAGGAGACUGCAGCUUUAGCCGAGAUUUUGCAGCAAGACAUAAGCGUCAUCAGUCCUGAGAAUAUAUUGAAAGGCUGUAAUGAUUGGAUAGAUGAGGAGUUAGAUUACAGUGGUGACUACAAAGUAGACCCCGGUUGGUGGCGCUUGAUGGCUGCAAAAUUCAUUGCAGCAACUACGAAAGUUCUUAACACUGCAAAUUGUAAUAUCUUGAUACUUGAUUCCAAUCCACUAUUAAUGAAGAAUAUUAUCGACUAUUCUAAAAGUUCAAAUAACAUUAGUGCUAAAGACCAAUAUAACAAUCUUGAAUAUACUAUUCGUGAUAUAGAUUUUUCUCGCAUAAACUUGAAAUUCCCAGAAUAUUGUUCUCAUUUUUCGUUUCCAAGGCCUAAUAUUUAUUUAGCUUAUAAGCAAAAAGACCUUAACUCUAUCGUGGAAAAUAUCUCACUUAAAGCUUCUAAUAUAUCUUGGGGCUUUCAAGCUUAUAGAGUUUCUGAAGCAGAACCAAAGCUUAUUGACUCUUCUCAGUUACAUGAAGUUUGGCAUAUGUAUGAAAAAUCCACGUCAAAGAUAAUGGCUUCUUGUCAGCUACAAAGUGUAUGCUUAGAAUCAUCGCCAAAUGUAACUAUUGGAAUAGAAAUAUUAAUAGAGGUAAUUGGGAAUAAGUUGCGCCAUGAAUUAUACCCUGGCGAAUUAGUAGGUUAUUCUUGGGGUUUAUUUCCUGGUCUGAACUGCUUACCAGCAAUUACCCUAACAAUUUCUGGCUUCCAAGAUAAGUUUAACAUGUUUUUAUUUUUUAUAAUAGAGAAAAUCCAGGAAGUUACCUCAAAUAUUAAAGAUAUAUCUUAUAAAGAUUUUAUCAAAGCCCAGGAGUCUGUCAAAAUACAUUACGAAAACGUCUUAAAAUCCGAAGGAGUUGAAAAAGCUAUUGCCGGCUCAGUAGUUUUUCUUGAAGAGGGAAUAUGGUCCCUAAAGGAACGUCUACACGCUUUAGAACAAAUGGACAUUCUGAUUUUAGAAGAAAUCAGUCUAAACCUUUUACACAAGAUGCAUCAUUUAAGCAUUUUUAUUCAAGGUAGUAUUGGAAUGGAUGAGUCCUUUAAGGUCUCCAGAAUACUUCAAUCGCUAGGAAGAUACGAAAAUAACCACAAUAAUUUUCAAAUUUCUAAACCAUCUAGUUACUUAUUGCAAAACGGUAAAAAUUACGUAUAUGAAGAUAAAGAUACAACCAAUGGUUCAACAAAUACAAUAUUCUACUACAUUCAAAUAGGAAGUAGGGAAGAUGUAUUUAAUAGAACAAUUGCGAAAUUUUCUGCGCACUUAUUAUCAAUUUUUGCAGCAGCUGAGUUGAGAACAAAACGAAAAUUAGGGUACUUUGUAUCUAGUGGUUGUAAGUUAUUCAGAACCACAACUGGUAUUUUCAUAACGGUCUCUAGUGGAAUUUAUGACCCCCACUAUUUGAACUCACAAAUUGAAAAUUUCUUAUAUGAUUUGGAGUUGUUACUAUUUGAAUAUUCUGAGGAGAAUUUCGAUGAUAAUUUCAAGAAAACAUUUUCCAAAAGCUACUUAAAGCAAAAUAUUCAAAAAGAAAAGUCAAUUUUAGGUAGUAGGUUAUAUGGUGUGAAUCCUGUAAAAAGCAGUAGUAUUUUCCCUAAGGGAAAAAUGUACUACAUGCACAUCAAUUAUUUCGAUAAGAUUGUUAACAAAACUUAUUAUUUCGGAGGGAUGAAGGGAGAUAAUGAAGUCGACAUUCUGAUAAUAGACAACUUGACAAAAGCUGAAUUCCUUGAAAUCUUCGGGUCAAGAAUUUCUAUAAAAUCCAAAAGAAAAUCUUCUCUUUCAUUACAAUUAUUCAGCCAAAGAGAUGUCAAAUCGAAGUCUCUUAAAACCCAGAUACUAGAGAUAUUAACAGAAGAAGGAAUUUCAGUUAGCAGUAAUGAUUUUGAAGAUAUAUUAGGCAAGUGUAAGAAUAAUCUUAUAUUCUCUAAAGGUGGUUCCAAUGUGGAUCCCAAAAUUAAGAAUGAGGGAGCAAAAUUAAUUAUGAACAAUUUGAAGAAAGCAUACAGAGCUAAGCUUGAAAAAUUUACGUCAAGUAAAAAACGAAACCAUAUAACUAAAGCUUUAGGAGAAAAUCAUAAUUCAAAUGUGCCUUCCUUAGGACCAACAAUAUUAACUGAUUGGAAGCAGUUACAUAAAGAGAGCAAACUUCAAAAAUAUAAUUGA